UAAUUUUUUUAAAGCGAAGUUUCGUAUUUGUUUUUUUAGUCUCCUUUGUGAAUCCGAGUAGAAACUAUACCUACAGUGCGAAUUUGAAUAAAGUACCUCUAAUGUCGAAGAGCUUAUUGGUUAACUAGAAUAACUAAUAUAAUAACAGUUAAGUUUAAUUUAAUAAUCACUCAGUAGGUAUCAACAGUGCGAAAGUAUUUAAUGCUGGCUAAAAAUAUAACUUGAUGGAGUUACGGAAAAGCGCUAUUAAGUUCUGUUCCUUACAUCAUUUUUGAGAAUGUUCCGAAGCUUCACAAAGUACUUGGGCUCUCUAAUAGGGGUCGAAAAUAGCAGCAGCAUAAAAGGGGUCGAAAAUAACAGCAGCAUACCAGUCAUACCCCAAUACGUUGAGAUAGAAGACGAUUGGCUUAUAGUAAACGCAUUGACCAUAAGGAAACCGUUUGGUAAGCAGGAUGAAGAGGAUGAGAAGGAUGAAGAGGAUGAGGAUGAAGAUGAGGAAGAUGUACCUCCUCUUGAGCGACCAAGUUCCGCGUCAUCCCUUCAAAGUGAUUCGGUCAUGGAGGAAUCCUGGUUUGUCACUCCUCCGCCGUGUUUCACGUCAGAAGGGCCAACGCUGAGUACAUCACCUUUGGAGAAUCUACUCAUCGAACAUCCCAGUAUGAGCGUCUACCAUAUUAACAGUAGUAGUAGAAAAUAUUCUGUGUCUGAUUUAAGAUCAGAUGAUUUAGAUGACGACGACGAUGAAGAUUUUGAGAAUAUGGGGCACAUACAAUCACUAUCAUCCAAUUGGCAACGUUUGGACAAUUGUUAUGGUAGAUUUAUCAUGUUUGAUAGAUCAGAAGGUGAAUAUGGAGAUGAGGAAGCUGAAUUCAUUGACAAUAUAGAAAACAUGCCAGCAUACAAUACGCUAGUUUUGGAGAACUGUGUCGAAGAAUAUGUUGGGUGUGAUGGAUCAGAUAAACUAGAGAAAGAAGUUGAAGUUGUUGAAAAUUCAGCACAUUUGCCUGCACAAACACACAGUGGACGAUUUUUGGACAAUUAUAUAAGAAUAUUGAAGCAGGAACAAAUUCAGCGUUACCAGUUCAGACAAGCUCAAAAAUCGAAGGUGCAGAUUUCUACUAAGGCACUCAGGCGCAGUUAUGUAGAACGUAACAAUAAGGCUCGUGAAGUAAAUAAUCGUAAUCAUCAACAAAGGCGUGGGGAACGGUCUCAGGGUGCUACCCGUUCCUGUGCCAAUAACAACCGCAAGUGCUGAGCGCAAUUAACACUGAUCUCAUUUUGCAACAUUCGAGAAAACAAAAACAAUGAAUGAUUGAUCAUAUCAUAUUUUAUUCCAGACUUUUUCUUAUUAGCACUAGUAGUUGUAUGAUAUUGUUAAUUAAGAAGAAGGGAAUAUUGAUUAAAAAUCCCCUCUGACUGUAAAUAUAGAUACAUAUUUUUUCAAAAGUCUGGAAUGGAAGAGAUACCUUCGAAAAUGGCACGUGUGAUUGAUAAAAUUCACCAAAGCACCGUGUUGUGUUCAAUAAAUUCAAUAUUUCUUAUUUGUGAGUAUUAGAUGUUGCAAAAACA